AUGCCCGCCGUCAUGAGCAGAAUCCGGCCGAUAAAGCCAGAGGAAUCCAGGCCGCAGUCUCCUUCCAAAUCCCGCAAGUCGCCCAGGAUGCCCAAAUGUUCCCGCUGCAGGAACCACGGCUUCUUCUCUGCCCUGAAGGGCCACAAGCGCUUCUGCAACUGGAGGGACUGCCAGUGCGCCAAAUGCAACCUGAUUGCCCAAAGACAGCGCGUCAUGGCUGCGCAGGUUGCUCUGAGGAGGCAGCAGGCCCAGGAGGAGGAGCUGGGCAUCAGUGCCCCCGUCAAUCUGUCCGGCCCCGAUGUGAUGGUGAAAAACGAAGCCGCUGCCGACUGCCUCUUCUCUGUGGAGGGCCGAUCCAGUCCAUCCACCAACUUCAGCCACUCAUCCCUCGCUGUGUCAGGAAGUCGCUCUUCAGCGUCCUCCAGUCCCUCCUCUUCCUCUGUUAGGCCUCAUGCUGAGGGAACUUCUGACCUUCUGCUGGAAACCUCCUAUUACAACUUCUACCAGCAGUCACGCUACCCCCCCUACUAUACCAAUCUGUACAACUACCCACAGUACCAGCAGAUGCCCCAUGGGGACGGCCGCCUCCCGAGCCACGGCGUGUCCUCCCAGUACCGGAUGCACUCUUAUUACCCCGGGGCCACCUACCUGACCCAGAAUCUGGGCUCCACCACCUGUGUGCCACCCUUUGUCAGCCUGGAGGAGAACAACAGCUGCUCUGAGACCAUGGCAGGCUCGUUUUCUCCCACCAGCUACGACUCGACCAUGACCUGCCGCUCCAUGAGCGCUCUGGUUCUAAACGAUGACAAGGCCGAGUGCGAGGCUGGCGGCCAGGCGGCCAGCUUCACCGUCAACACCAUCAGCGGUGACACCAGCAACUAA